GAAGAAGAAGAAGAAGAAGAAGAGGCACAAAACGAGACUAUCACACGCAGGGUCCUUUCGAAUGGUGAUCGAUGUACCAGCUAGAGGAAAACAACGAAAAUGUACCGACACAGGCCCAAAACUGGCCCUGCUGAGAUGGAUUUGGCUCCGACAUCAUGCAGUCCCAGCUAUGCAAAUGACUGCAGAUCAGCAGACUUCACAUCACCAGGCCUGGACAUCCAGCAGCUGACUGGUCGUCAAGGAGACCGUCGCCCUCAGCCACAGGGUGGGAGCUCCACUUGGGAGCAGGAGGAGACACAUCCUAUUAAAGAGGAGGAGGAGCCACAGCCCCCUCUUAUUAAAGAGGAAGAAAUGGAGCCCCACAUUAAAGAGGAAGAGGGGGAGAAGCCACACCCCCCUCUUAUUAAAGAGGAAGAAACUGAGCUGGAGCACCCCCACAUUAAAGAGGAAGAGGCGGAGAAGCCACAGCCCCCUCUUAUUAAAGAGGAAGAAAUGGAGCCGGAGCACCCCCACAUUAAAGAGGAAGAGGAGGAGCCACAGCCCCCCGAUGUUAAAGAGGAAGAGGGAGAACUCUCGAUCACUCAGGAGGGAGAGCAUCUUCCAGGGCCAGAGGAGGCUGAUCUCGCCAGGUUGCCACUGACUGGUGACCAUGAAGACAAACCACCUGAGCUCUCACAGCUUCAUCAUAGUCCAAGUGAGGAGAUGAGCGAGGCGGAGCCUUCAUGCAGCAGCUCACUGCAACACAUGACAACAGAAGCUGAUGGAGACCACUGUGGAGGAUCACAAGCAGACAACCUCUUAGCUCCACUGUCCGAUAGUGACGACACAACGUCACACUCUCCUGAAGGUGAAGACAGCGAAUACAACCGAGAAUCUCUGAGCAGCGAUACAGACAGUGAAGGUGAUAUGAUGACUGGCACCGGCAACAAACACUCUAAAAGCUCUAAAAAGACAACAGGUAAACGUUUGAACUGCUCAGUUUGUCAUAAAAGAUUUUCUUGUAAGAGUCAUUUGGCUCAACACAUGAGAACACACACAGGAGAAAAACCUUUCAGUUGCUCAGACUGCGGUAAACUCUUCACUCGAAAGACAAGCAUGCAAUUACACAUGAGAACACACACAGGAGAAAAACCUUUUAUUUGCUCAGACUGCGGUAAACGCUUCGCUCGAAAGACACACAUGCAAUUACACAUGAGAACACACACAGGAGGAAAACCUUUCAGUUGCUCACACUGCGGUAAACUCUUCACUCGAAAGACAAACAUGCAAGUACACAUGAGAACACACACAGGAGGAAAACCUUUUAGUUGCUCGGACUGCGGUAAAGGCUUCACUCAAAAGACAAACAUGCAAGUACACAUGAGAACACACACAGGAGAAAAACCUUUUAGUUGCUCAGGCUGCGGUAAACUCUUCACUCGAAAGACAAGCAUGCAAUCACACAUGAGAACACACACAGGAGAAAAAGCUUUUAGUUGCUCAGACUGCGGUAAAGGCUUCACUCAAAAGACACACAUGCAAGUACACAUGAGAACACACACAGGAGAAAAACCUUUUAGUUGCUCAGACUGCGGUAAACUGUUCACUCGAAAGACACACAUGCAAUUACACAUGAGAACACACACAGGAGAAAAAGCUUUUAGUUGCUCAGACUGCGGUAAAGGCUUCACUCAAAAGACACACAUGCAAGUACACAUGAGAACACACACAGGAGGAAAACCUUUCAGUUGCUCAGACUGCGGUAAAGGCUUCGCAUUUAAGGCACAGGUGAAAUCACACAUGAGGACGCACACAGAAGAAAAACGGUUUAGUUGUGCAAAUUGCGGUGACGCAUUUUCUUUGAAGUCCAAUUUGAAAAGACACAUGCAGAGUCACUGACGGUCUACUGUUUGACUCGCCUGACUUCCAUGCAGUCACUGUGUUGUAAUAUUCUUCGCAUGUGUCUCUGUUCAAUAAAUCCAUGUGGUUUUUAUGAAGGUGUAAAAGAAAGACAUGGUGACUGCAGUGGUUUCAUUUGUAGGUAAAGGUGUUUUAUUUGACUGGAUGCUGUCAUCACUCAAUGCUGAAACUGAUGAAGUCACUUCCUGUUCCAUGACUGGAAAGUAGUGAUUGGUUCCUUUUCGUGACUUGAUCUAUUCAUCAUUCACUCAUUGAAGUGAAGUGGGUGUGGAGUGCAGAGCGCAUGCGCAAUGUCAGUAGGCCUUUGAAGGAUUUGAGUGACAGCAAGAUAGUAUUUUUUGCUUUUGUUCCUUUUUUGCACUGUUGAUUUGAUUUUGUGUUCUCAUUUGCUAGAACCUGUUUUUACUCUUGUGAAGCACCUUGGCCACCAUUGGGGUGUUGUAAUGCUCUACAAAUAAACUUUGAUUUGAUCUUCCAACGGGGGCACUCAUUUGCACCGUGAGGCACGACGGAGGAGAGAAAAGAGACUAACUGCACAAUGAUUGCCACCCCGCGACAUCUGACCAAUCAGAGGGGUGCACGUGCAGGCAGGCUCUUGUGGAGGUACAGAAGGUGAGCUUUCAGCAUGCCGUCUGACAGACAUCACCA